CAAUAUUCCCCCAUCAUGUGACCAGAUCUUCUGACUUCCUGUUUUGCAUCUUCACUUUCAAAGUUACUCAAUCAUGAAACGCACGACCUAACAAAAGAUUUCAAAUUCCCUUUUUUUUGUUCACUUUGUCUGCAAGAGUCGUUCAGGAUGGCCAUACACUUCUGUUUAUGCUUCCAGAUUAUUAUCAUGUUUUUGUGUUGCACAGUGUGCAGCACUGACAUUUCCUGUAAAAAUGAAGCUGGCGGGCCCGUUGAUUGGUUUAUCAUCUACAAACUGCCCCGGUAUAAGAUUGGCGAGGUCGGCAGUGGGGUGGACUACAUGUACCUGGACUCCUCAGUAGGGAGCUGGCAGAUGAGCAAAUUCAUGGUUAACACCAGUCAAGGAGCCAUAGGGAACACACUGAACCAGCUUUACAUGGGGAAGGCCUACAAGUCUAACAGUUCAGUGUAUGCACUCUACAAUGAUGGACCACCGAUCCUGGAUUACAUCCAAGGAUACGGACACACUAAAGGGGUACUGUUCUUUGACCGCUCUCAAGGUUUCUGGCUUUCGCACACCAUUCCCCAUUUCCCCUCGUUCCCCGAGAGAGGCUACCUUUACCCCUCCUCUGGCAAAGUCAAUGGCCAGACUGCUCUCUGCGUGACCCACCGCUAUGAUCAGUUCCUCCAGAUAGCGAAGCAGCUGGCGUACCUUUACCCACGCUUCUAUAACUGCUCCGUACCUGCUGCAUUCUUGGCCGACGUGCCUCAGUUGGCCCAGUUAUGUGAGGGCUCCAAACCGCUGCUGGCCUCAGAUAAGAGAGUGGAGCAGCUUUUCUCAAUGCAAGGGGAGAAGUUUGUCAGCUUUGUCAAAUCUGAACGCUUUGUGGACGACAUCUACGCGGGCUGGGUGGCUCAGGCUCUGGAUGCCGACCUGCUGGUGGAGUCCUGGCAGACAAAAGGUCACGAGCUGCCCUCCAACUGCUCCCUGCCCAAACACGCCAUGAACAUCAAGAGGGUCCGGCUUCCUGGAUCAGUCCUGUUCCAGUCCCACUACGACCACUCAAAGUGGUGCGUGUCGCUAGCCUACGAGGACCAGGUGACCUGCCUGGGGGAUCUGAACAGGGAGAGGGCCCAGCAGUGGCGUGGUGGAGGCCUGGUCUGCACAUUCAACCCCUUGAUUUACAACGCCUUCAGACAGGUGGUGGACUGUUACAUUGACUGUUGAACGAGAGACACGGAUAGGAUAAUUAGGACUGGAUUCACUUGGCAUGGUUUGAACCGGUUUCAAAUUCAUGGGACUGAAUGUGGAGGUCCUGUUAGGGUUAAAGCAGCUGACCUGCAACCAUCAGACCACACAGGUAUCCAAUUUAGUCUAUUUGCCAGUUUAUAAAGCCCUAGUUCACAAAGUUUUAUGUGAGAAAUGUACAGUAUGGGUCCCCAGCAUUUAGAAACUUCAGGAUGCUAACUUGCAUAUGUUGGACAAUUAGCAUAAUUUGCAUUAAUUAGCAUAAUCACCUAUAUAGGCAAUAUUUAAAAAACUGCUUGGCCGAUUUGGACAAUAUUGGAGUGGUUUGGGGGCUUAUUGAAGAUGCUGAAUCCAUUUAUGACAUUUUCAAAAUUCAAAACGGUUGUUUAAACCCCAAGUAGCCAUAAUUCAACUCCCAUUGGGACGAAUUUCAUGAUGUUUCAGUCUAUAUAGAAGUUUUAGAGGACGCUUAAUCGAUGGGGUUGGACAGAUGUGUUUGUGCUUAUGUAUUUUAAAUAACUGAAAUAACUUCAACUUAUAAAUUGUAGGAUAUUUAUGAUGCACAAUUGGAUAUUGGAGGUAACAAAGGCAAGUGCCACACCAAACUAGAAUAAUAUGACUAUGGCUAAAUUAUAUCCUCAAAGAUAGAGAGAGGGGAGAAUAAUACAAGUAGUAAAAGUAAAUGUUUAACAGAUACAGUAGAACAAGUGAGUUCUGGGACAGAAUUAACAGAGCAGAAAACUGUAUGUGCACUAGUUACACAUAACGCACAUUUGGAAUACUUUCAUCAAGCAAGAAUGCCUUAGAAUGCACUGUUAUAAACCAUGUCAUCAUCAUCAUCGUCUGCUCUGUCUUCAUCUUCUUGAGUUGCGGAAAUAUUGCCCAUAUAGGUAAUUAUGGUAAUUAAUGAUAAUUAUGCUAAUUAUCCAACAUAUGCAGUUUCUAAAUGCUGGGGACCCAUACUGUAUAUUUCUAACAUAAAACUUUAGGGUGCUCAACAUUUGUGGGUUUACAUUGGCAAGAAAUCAGCCAUCAAUUUCUGGAAAAAAAGGCUUCAACAAGUGCUUGAAUUUAACUUUUUACCUCCGCCAAGGCCAAAGGCCUUGAAGGAGGUAACAAUGAGGCCUUGUUCUUAUGUUUUCACCGGCGUAGGUAACAUAGUCGUUACCUGUAUGUGGUUUGGAGGAUGAUGGCAACAGGUCAAGCCUUUGAUAAUCUACUGACAAAGUUACAUAGGCUUUUUCUUAUGACUAUAUGUUAAAUUAACAAACAUGCAAUAAACAACAAUUGUGUAAAAA